AUGGACGUUCCGUUCCACCGCGUCAAGGUGUGUGGUGACAUUCUGGUGACGGCCCGGGGGGCCAGUGUUCACACCUUCCACGCCGUCGACGGGGCCUAUAUCGCGACAUGGCGCCUGCCCAAGCCAGCCGGAAAGGAGGAUGGUGCAAAGAGCAAGAAGAACGGCACAGACAAGGGAAGCGCGGCACCCACGGUCGAGACCAGCAGUGCCACGCCGCCGCCAAAACGGCGCCGACUCGAGAGCGCAGCCGGGGCGAAGCAGCAGCAGCAGACCGGCGAGGAUGCACCGUCCAAGGAGCAGCGAAAGAAGAGGUCAGCCGCAGCUGCGGUGACAGCAGCGCUGCGGUCGGGCGAUCUGCCCGUGGUGAGCAUCCUCGAGGCCACCGCAGACGGCCAUCACGUGAUCGUGGUCAUGGGCCACGACAAGACAGUGCGCGUGCUGGCGCACGACCUGCAGGGACACAUCGAGCAGAUUAGCCAGAGGACCGUGCCCAAGCGCCCAAGUGCCGUUGCCAUCACGGCCGACGGCCAGACCAUCCUGGUCGGCGACAAGUUUGGCGAUGUCUACGCCCUGCCGCUGAUCGAGACGGAGGAGAGCAAAAAGGCAAAGGCCGCAGCCAAGGUGGCGGAACAGAGUGACCUGCCGGUUGUGGCGGCUGCUCCCACUACCAGUACUGCCACCACGACCACAACCAUCACCACCCCUCUCCAGCUGCAGGCAAACAGCUUCACCGUCCACACAAAGGGCAACCUCCAGGCGCUCGAGAACCAGCGUCGACAGAAGGAGCUCCAGACCCAGCAGAAGGCCAAGCAGCACCCCCAGGACGCCGCCGACUGCCGCCUGCUGCUCGGACACGUCUCCAUGCUGACGGCCGUGGCCGUGGCCGAAGCCGUGCCGGCGGCCUGUCGGGGCAGCAACACCAUCGCCAUCACCACUACACCCCCCCGGCCGCUUAUCCUGUCGGCCGAUCGCGACGAGCACAUCCGUGUGACGCGCGGCGUCAUCGGCUCGUCGCCCGCGACAUCACAGACUCACGUGAUCGAGACCUUUUGCCUCGGCCACACGUCCUUUGUCAGCCGCAUGUGCAUCGCGGCCACGCGGCCGGAUCGACUGGUCUCAGCCGGUGGUGACGGCGAGCUGCGCGUCUGGGACUUUUGGCCCGACGGCCGCACCGUCAGCUCGGCCUCGCUCGCGCCGCUGGUCGAACAGGCCGUCGGCAGCAGUACUGUCCCUCAGGUGGCUGUGUCCGGCCUCUACACGUUCCCCACCGACAGCUCGCCUGUGGCAACGUCGUCCAUUGUGGCUAUCUGCGAACGGGUCCCGGCCGUCUUCUUCUUCGUCCUCGAGCCAGACGGCACCACCCUGACACAUGCACAGACUCUGCAGCUGCCAGGACUGCCGCUCGACAUUGGUGUUCUUGCCCCGAGAGGCGAGACCCGCUUGGCUGUAGCGCUGGCCGCAAAGGACGACAGCAGCGAUGCAGACGAGGCCACGUAUGCCUCGGCCUCGCUGCUCGUCGUAGCCCGGGGCCAUGGCCAGGCAGCUUGGCAAGUCCAAGAAGCUCGGCUGGGUCCUUUGCCAGAAGAGAGCUACCAGAGCGACCAGAGCGACAUAGAUGUUGACCCGGUCGCAUUGCGUCACCUCUUGCUCUUCGGCACGGACAGUCUACGCAAAUCUGCCGACGAGACUGGAGGCGAUUAG